UAGUAAACGGAGGGGCGGAUUUCGGGGCGGCGGCGGCGGUGGUGAUUUCCCGGCUUCCGACACCGAGCCCCUCGGCACACCGGAGGAGAGACUGCGCGAUGUCGAACCGCAAGCACCGGGACAACCAGGAGAUCUGCGCCCGCAAGGUCCGCGAGUUGGCCCAGUCCGGAGUAAACAAACACUGCUUCGAGUGCAGCCAGCCCGGGGUGACGUACACCGACAUCACGGCGGGCUGCUUCGUGUGCACGUCGUGCUCCGGAAUGCUGAGAGGCCUCAACCCUCCCCACAGGGUCAAAUCCAUCUCCAUGACUACCUUCUCCCAACAGGAAGUGGAGUUCCUCCAAAACCAUGGCAACGAGGUCGGGAGGAGGACUUGGUUGUGCGUGUUUGACCCAAAGACGGACGGCUGCUCCGACAUGAAGGACUCUCAGAAGUUCAAAGAGUUCCUGCAGGACAAAUACGAGAAGAAAAAGUGGCAUUUUUCCAAAAGUAUGAACCGGAGGGACGUCGAGGGUCCUUGGAGCCCGGGGGUCCAGGCAGCGCUCCCUCCCCAUGGGCCCUUGACCAGCCACGCCCCCUCCCACAACCUGGCCCCCAACGCCCGGUCCACCAGGCCGCUGGUGAGAGGCGCCGCGUGUCCUUAUUGGGAUGGAGUUCCGGCCUUUUCCCCCGCCGACAUGGGGGGGGACGUGUUGCCCGUUCCCCCGUUGGCCCCCCAAAGUUUCAGAGACCCCCCCCUAAAAGACCCCGGGGGGGGGGGGAAAGAGGGGCAGGGCCCGGGCUCGCUUUUUUGGGGGCUUGGAGUUAAGACCCCCUUCCCCUCCUUCCCGGCCCCCCCGGGGCCCUCAGCCAGUAGCUCUUUCAAAAAACACUUCACUUUGGGUCGCACUGUUUCGGCCUCGGGGGCGUCGGGGCCCUUCAGGGCCUUUCCCAAGUCCCUCAGCGUGGACUUUGGAGGUCUGACGCAUCCCCAUCAGUCGGCUCUGCCCCACUCUCGGUCCCAGCAGCAGGCCGGAAGCGUCGGCACGGCGACGAUGCCGCCGCCACGAGUCGGCAGCUCCAACCCCCAGGACCGAUACGCCGCCGUGUCCCACCUGGACAACUGCUUCACCGACACACCGCCGGUCGCUGCUCCACCGGGUGGCCCGCCGCAGUACAGCGCCAUCUUCGGCAGCAGGCCCUCGGCCGGCUCAACUCCUGCCAGCUCCCCCGGUGUCGAUACAGCGUCCAGCUCCCAAACCUUUGCAAAUUUCCCCAACCCAUUCAGCUCCAGCUCGGCUUCCCAGCAGCCCGGCGCCCUCUCCCCCAGUAACCCCUUCAGCAACGCGUCCGGAGGGGACUCCAGCUCGUUUGUCACCUCGCCCACCUCAGUGUUUCCCCCGAAUACCCAGAAUGCAUUUCACCCCGAGUCGGCCAGCAACCAGGAGGCCAACGGUUUCGCCGCCUUCCCCGCGCCCGACUCUCAGCCCAAAGUCCCCCGGCCGAUGUCGGUGAACCCGUUCACGGGCAACGUUUACCCCAGUCGAGGGACGUCGCGAAACCCUUUCAUCUGACCCCCCCCCCCCCCCACUGUCUGUGUUUACGUGCAGGUGGACGCAAAAAAGAAGAAAAUGUGUGGAUGUGAUUCUGAAAUGUGUGUGUGUGUGUGUGUGUGUGUGAGAGAGAGAGACCACCUACCGUGUUUGUACCAUGUGACAUUAUGUCAAAAAAAGUGUUUUCUUGUGUGCCGAUAGACGCAAACCUCAGGGCUCAGUGGGAGUCAUGAUAAACUUUUUUUCUUUUGCAGAAACGCACAUAUAUGCCACACACAUACAUGUCGCUUUAAUCUCCUGCUUUAAAAAAAAAAAAAAAAAAGCACCCGGCAGCGAACGCAUCACCGUGUGUCUCCGGUGUCUCAGCCGUCCAGAGGAAGAGCCAGUUGAGACCCUGCAUUGCGUGUCUCUAGAGAGGGUCAUAAACAGCCUUAAUUGUCUCCUGAUGCAUGUGGGCUGGGUUUUGUUUGUUUGUUUGUUUGUUUUCCUCUGGGUUCGCAUACGUCACUGUUUUUAAUAUAAUUUUUAAGUUGAUCCUAUUCGAAGGAUAAUCUUGUGUUUUCCACUUCCUAUAGCUGCAUGCGCUUAGAGGGCUAACAGGAGAUACUACUGAAUGUAAAACGAAAUUUCAGAGUUAUUUAAAUGUGUGUAAAAGAAGAAAUACGUUCCUGGCUUCAUGUUCUGGACCAAAGUCCUUCUCUGCUUUUUUUUUUUUUUUUUUGGUUGUCAUGGAGGCAAAGUUGAUUUUCUCUUAAUUUGCCAAGAUGGAAAAGAGAUUCAUCUGUCUUUGUAAUGACAAGUACUCAUGCUCAUAAAAUCUGUUUUUGCUUCUUAAGA